AUGGAUAUAUGGGCUGAUGCCAAUAAUUUUGCAUCAGCUUAUAUGUCAACAGCAGCCGGUUUACCACAAUUUGGUAGUACCGCUCUGACCACAUCACCCUUAGCCAGUGUUGCCUUAAGUUCAGCAGCAGCUGCUGCCGCUGGAAAACAAAUUGAGGGUCCUGAAGGCUGUAAUCUCUUUAUAUACCAUUUGCCACAGGAAUUCACUGACACCGAUUUGGCAUCGACUUUUCUGCCCUUUGGCAAUGUCAUUUCCGCCAAAGUUUUCAUUGACAAGCAGACAAACUUAUCCAAGUGCUUUGGUUUUGUAUCAUUUGACAAUCCCGAAUCGGCGCAGGUAGCCAUACGAGCAAUGAAUGGAUUUCAGGUGGGCACCAAACGCUUAAAAGUUCAAUUGAAAAAGCCCAAAGAUGCUUCAAAGCCGUACUAAAGAAAGCAAACAAAAAAAGAGAAAAU